AUCUACAGGAGCAGAGAAAAACAAGCUGCGGAGAUGAGAGCGACAUCUGCAAACCGUGCCGUUUCCCUGACAGCUGUUGUGAUGGUGCUGACCUCUGUGGCACUGCAGGGAGUCCAAGCAGGAGUAGUAAGUGACUUCAACCAUGCAGAGCGCUGCAAGGACUCCCUUUAUAUGGGAACCCCACCGAGAGGUUAUCUCAGCAACGCCUUUAAGAAGAUCUGCCAGAGGUACGAGGAUAAACCUCGCUACGCCACAGUGUAUGACCCCCGCAGACACAUCCCCAUCUUCUCUGCGUACACGUUCAAGAAGUCAGACGGGGAGAAGAAGGUGGACUUCCCCUGGAUGUUUGAGCCUCAGUUGGCAUCAGAGAAGAGCAGCAGCAACAUGGAGCCUUUCCCCCAGUCGACAAGCAUGCACAUGAACUUCGAGGACACCCAGGCCGUCCUCGAAGAUUACGCCGACGUCGUUCAGUACGAACGCGGUCAACUAAACCCCGACGAGCACCAAGCAGACCCUCUGGAUAAAGCCUCUACCUACAGCUUGACAAACGUGGUUCCUCAGAUAAGGGAGUUCAACCUGGGCCCAUGGGCCGAACACCAGGACAUCGUCCGCAAACGACUCAAUAACUACUGCAGAGGAAAGGCCUACGUCAUCACCGGGGUCACCACGUCCGGACACACGAUCCGCCGCAACAACAUGGACCGGGUGGCCGUGCCGGAGUACAUGUGGUCGGCCUACUGCUGCACGGAGUUCGACCAGAAUGCGCCGUACUUUGUGCGCUACAAGUUCCCCGUGUUUGCGGCAUACGGGCUGAACGACCGUGUCAACAACCAGAUGGUGGAGGUUCCCCUGAAGAACCUGGAGAAGUUCCUCAAAGGGAGGAUGGAUGUGGACAAGAACUUCCAGAUAUUCUAUAACGACUGUGUGCCAGAUAACUAAUUGAUGUAAUAGUAGCUUUUGAGUGU